CUGCUUCCAAUAUUCUCAGAAAUCUGUUUGCAACUCUCUCACAAGCUAAAGCCAGCCCGUUCUUCUUCUUCUCUCUCUCUCUGCUCUAUCAAACUCGUUUUUUCUGCACAACAACAAGUUCUUGAUGAGUGAUUUUGCGUGCAUGGAAGACUGGGGUUUGCAAGCAGUAGUAAGAGGGUACAUAAAUGAAGCCCCUACCACAACCUUGGCCAACCCAAAGUAUUGUUUUGCUCCAUUGAGUGGUGUAGAAGAUGACCCUUUUAGCUUUCCUGAAAUCAGUGAAACCACAACAGUUUUAGAUGAACUGGAAAAACUCUACAACCCUGUGUUGCAUCCUCUUUCCUCCCAAUCCAUGCCUGUGAGUUCCAUUUCUGUACCAAAAGAGGCCAAGGAACCAGAAAAGCAGCCAAGUAGAAAAGAAACAGCAACUACAUAUAAAAGAAGCAGAAAGAAUCAGCACAAAAGGGUAGUGCAACAUGUGACAGCGGAGGGACUUUGUUCAGAUAUGUGGGCAUGGCGUAAAUAUGGUCAGAAACCCAUCAAGGGGUCGCCUUAUCCAAGGAGCUACUACAAGUGCAGUAGCUCAAAAGGGUGUCCAGCAAGAAAACAAGUUGAACGGAGCCAUUUGGACCCUGAGGUAUUCAUUAUAAAUUACAGUUCAGAACACAACCAUAGCCACCCGACUCGGCGAAACUCCCUAGCUGGUAGCACCAGGAGCAAGUUCCCAACAUCUGGAAAGAAAGGCAAAAGUAGUACUUCUCCAACAACCCCUUUGAUGCCAUCCUCCGUUGAAAAUGAGUUUGUGCAAAGUACAAGCAUUAAGAUCGAGGAAUUAGAGCAAACAACGGUGCAAGACAAUGAAGGUAAUGAUAUUGUUAUUCCGGAUUUGGACAAAGAAUUAUUUCCAUGCCUAGAGGAUUUUGAUGAACUUACUGAAGAACCUGCCAUGGAUGUUUGCUUUUUGGACCAAUUAUUGGAAAUAUGUCCACCUUGGUUCAUUGAUAAUUCCAUUUCCACAACCACAAGCCAUGGUUGCUAACACGAAGAGGGCAUGUGGGAAAUACAUAAUUUUUGAUUUCUCAACACAAAUGUAAACUGUAAUUUCUAAUUUUUCCACAACCAUUUUUGUUUUGUAAUUUAGCGUCCAAGUUGUCUGAAAUGGUUUCCUGGUAUUGGACCAACAAGACACAUAUGUUGUAUGUUAAUAUCAGUGAAAAUAUUUGGUGAAUUUGGUCUAA